AUGAUUAGAUUUCUAAUCCUAAUUUUUCACUUUUAAUCUAUUUUUACUCUCCAAAUUUUGGAAAUCGAUGUCAGACAAGGCCAGACGAAAUUCAAUCUGACCCAAAAAAGGGUGAAUUCAACCUUCCAAUUAAAAAUAUUAAAAGAAGAGUCAUCCAGAUACCUGCUAAUUGAACUAUUUGUCAAACAUCGUUCCAGAUCAUCUCCGAACUUGGUGUUAUUACAAUCCUAUGGACAGGCUCCCUUCUAUGAUUUAGAAUCACCCAAAAAAAGAAUACUUUGCGAUCACUAUGAUAUAAAUGGACAAUAAUAAUCAAAAAAAUAUCACUAUUUACAAUUAAACUUAGAUUAGAACAGUGGCUCAGAAUCCUAUUUGACAAUAUUAACCAAUAAAACUUAGAAUUAUUAGUUAGUUUUUACAGCAUCACACAUCAUGCAAUGUCCCAAUAAUUGUACCCAAAAUGGGGAAUGCAUAAAUGGCACAUGCCGAUGCAAUUAAGGAUUCUUAGAUGAAGACUGCUCUCAAUCAGCUCAACAGUUUUUACCAUUUACAAUUUAGAACAUUUCGAUAUUAGCUUAAUAAUAUAUUUAUACAACUUUCAACGCCACUUCUAAUUAUAGUCUGAGCCUUGCUUUUGAAACAGAAAAGACUAUUAAAUCCAAAAUCAAAAUACAAAUGCUGGUUUCAUAAAGAUAUAACCUACCCUGCGAUAUCAACAAUAGCUAUAAUCACACACUUUUGGAUUCCAAAAGAGUUGACAUAAGACUAUUACAAGAACCUCAAUUGGAGAGUACUUUUGGCCAGCAACCUCCUCAGAAUCUAUUGAUCAUCAAAUUGCAAUCCGAAGAAGAAAUAAAUUUCAAAUUAUCAAUUGACUUUUAGAUACAUUACCACUAAGAUGCUGAGGAGAUGGCAACAAUCAUAUUAGUUGUUACUAUUAUACUCAUUCUAAUAGUAGCUUUGAUGUUCAUAUAUUGGUAUUGUUUUAAGAGAAAAAACCGGAAUUCUUCAAUUUCCUACUCAUACCAGACUCCCUCCGAAGAUGAUAUGAAACUCAUUCAUGAAUGUUCAAUUUGUCUCACAGAUUUCAUAUAAACCCAAGACUCAUAUUUGCAAUGGGCUAAGACAAAUUGCCAACACAUAUUUCAUAAGGAAUGCUUGAGUAAAUGGCAAGAAUAUCAGAUUACCUGUCCAAUGUGCAGAAAACCUCUUAUAUGA